AUGAAUUUAUACAUAAAACCGGGUACCGAUCCAGCCUUGCUGACGCCGCAGUCUUGUCUGACACGCUCCAAUGUGACCUCAGCUGAAAAUGCAAUCUCAGCUGAGGACACACCCAUUGCAUUUGCCUUUGCUGACCCCUUGCCAACUUCCGGUCUUUUUGAUCCUGAGCUUAGAGCCAUGGCAGGGCGUUAUUUACCUGUUGCUUUAAUAUUGUUGCACCUACACAAUAUCAUCCCCGUCUCCGCCACAACAUCCGUCCGCUUUUACACCGAUUCCUCCUGCAAGACGCUUUACGCCACGGUGUACACAGACACCGAUCUGGGAAAUGGCCAUUGUGGGCAAUUUUCCACAUUCAUCAAUAGCGCCAGUUCGAGCACCAUUGACAAUGGCUGCUCCGUCACGAUUUAUACGGAUUACUGCAACAGCAACGCUACACUGGUACCUCUGGAAAGUUGUACGAGCAUGAGCAUUAGCUCCUUCAGUGUGGACUGUCCUCAGAUCAACGGCACACGCGAUACCGGCUACAUCACGAGCAGGGGAACCUCUGUGCCCUCCACCAUUUCGCCAUCUACAUCCUCUGCACCCGUACCUCCGUUCUCUCCGCAAACUCUUGCAACGGACAUACCACCUACAUCCUUCGCACCGGAAUCGCAGACUCCAACCUCGCAGCCAAAUCCUGCAACGGGUAUACCCCGUCCCACCCAAUCUUCCUCCACCACUUUUCCAAGCCCCGAAACGCCGACAUCGCCGGUCCGCGAUCUUCGCCCUCGCCUGCCUGGACUUCUCAACCGUCUUCCUACGUCGUCCUCACCCUCACCCUCAUCCUCACAAGGUCAAAAAGGAAGCGGUAACGAUGGCGGACUGAGCGGUCCUUCGACCAUCGCCAUCGGUGUGGUCUUGCCCGGCGUCGGUGUCAUCGUCGCCAUCAUCAUCGGAAUAGUGGGCGUCAAAAGGCACAGAAGAGCACCGCGAGAGCUGCCGACUAGGCGUUGGAGUACCUAG